AUGCGGCGGCGGCGAGAUACGCACCGUCUUAGCAGCGCUUCGGCCGAUGACUUGGUAGAGUCUCCUGUAUAUGGCAAGCAAAUACGCCACACUAGGUCCCCAGCAGACACAGAAUACCAUGAUAUAACUGCAAACUCACGCUCAUCCGGGGCAACGAUACCCGAUGGCAAACAACAUCAAGACUCGCUGUGCGAAAAUCCUGUCAUUCUGGCAUCGAGAAUUCCAAUUGACCGCAUCAAUUUAGGAGCCGUGAUUGGACAUGGAGGAUUCGGUGAAGUGUAUCGUGGUCGAUAUCGAGACCAGGACGUAGCUAUAAAAACGCUGCUACCCGAUAAGCGAAAGGAUCUCAAACACAUCCAAGCGUUCUUGUCCGAGGUGCUGCUCAUGGCAACCAUGGAUCAUCCACACAUUGUGCAAUUUAUUGGAGUAGCGUGGGAAUCCUUAAGUGACCUUUUCUGCGUGACCGAGUUGAUGACAGGUGGAGAUCUCCGUUCGCUAUUAAAAGACUAUCACGAUAAUAGAUUUCCUCAGGGCAUGAACUCUGACAAGAUGCGGAUCGCGUACCAGGUGGCUUUCGCAUUGACAUAUCUACACUCGAUGGACCCCGUAGUGUUGCAUCGGGACCUUAAGUCACGUAACAUUCUUCUGACGAAUAACUUGGACGCAAAAAUUACAGAUUUUGGCGCUUCACGCGUUCGCUCUGAUGUGACGAUGACUGCUGGCGUGGGAAGUUCACUGUGGAUGGCGCCUGAGGUGAUGAUGGGUAUGCGCUACGGCGAAAAAGCCGAUGUUUUCUCGUUGGGAGUGGUGAUUUCAGAGCUGGAUACGCAUGAACUGCCGUACUCUCAUGCGAAGGAGAGCAGUAGCGGACAUCCGCUGCCAGACACAGCAGUGCUGCAGAUGGUUUCGCUGGGAAAACUGCGUGUGCAGUUUUCACCUUUCAUGGCUCCUGAUCUGGCUCGAUUUGUGGAUAGCUGCUUAAACAUCGACCCUCGAUUGCGACCUACUGCAGCCGAGGUACUCUACUUUUUGCAAGUCGCGAGUCGGCAGCUCAAAUAUUGA